GGCCUGAAGAUUUCCUUUUUAAUUACAGUGCUGAAGAUACAACACGAAAACACUUGAUAUCUCAUGUUAGCUGGAAUGAACAGAGCCAGACUUCAAACUAUAAUAAGACAUGCGCCAGCAAGAAAAGCUAAAAGGGACGCAACGAAAUGGAAAGAACACAAAACAUAAACCACAAGAAUCCCAGCCAGAUGACUCGGAUGAGUAUUCCAAGAGUGAGGAAUCUGAUGAAGUCACAAGUUUUGAUGAAAGUGAUGGAGAGGAAGAGCAGUCAAGUGAAAGGAGUGUAGAAGAUGAAGAGGAAGAGCAGUCAAGUGAAAGGAGUGUAGAAGAUGAAGAGCAGUCAAGUGAAGGAAGCGAUUGUGCAGGGUACGAGUAUACAACUGAUGAAGAAGACAACGAUCCCAGUGGUGAGCAAGACAGCGAGUCUGAUGAGGAGGAUAAAGAAGGUAGCGAAAGUAGCGAGGAGAGCAGCAGGCAGCCAGAACAGCAAGGCCCUAAAGAGCAGCGCUCGAAGCAGAAUCCCAAGGAGUCCAGACGGAAGAAAGAUCUCGGUAACCAAACACAGCUGCAUAAACGCGAGCGCAAGAAAUCUCAAGGAAAGACUCCAUCGCCUGCAAAACCUGCAGAGAAGUUGAGGACAAACCAAGAUAUUCCAAGACAAAAAGGAACACCGCCACAAUCUACUAGACCGGCGAAGAAACCAUCAACUUCAGGGACUGCCACAGAAAUUAGAGACACUCGAGGGGAGAAAGGCAAAACCAAGCAAGCAGGGAAGCCUAAACAAGAGAGGAUAACGAAAAGGCCGAAAUCUGGAGAGACAAGAGACCCGAGAGUUUUUAGCAAAGAAGAUUGUGAUUAUAGCAACGACAAUUACCGGACUCCACAUAAAUCUGACAUCAGGAAAGAGAAUCCAUCAAGAUUUGAGAAUAGGCCACCUGACCAAGACGAACUGCACCGUCAACAAGACUUCCGGCGCGGGGAAAGGAGGGCGGCCGCGCGGGGCAAGGGCACUCCUGAGAGGGACAAGCAGGACAGAGGCAGAACCCCCCAGAGCGGCCGCCUGGCGUCGGAGGCGGUGGCCCGCCGCUGCCAGCCGGAGGCCAGGCGCAGGAGGACGAAGGACAUUUGGCUGAACAGCGCCGGCCAGGUUUGCCGAGACCGAAAUACGGAGGGUCAGCCGAAAUCUACUGCUCACAAGACGAGGAGAAAUUUGGAUAAAUGUGGAAAGAAGCUACAUGCAUAUGAUUUGGUGGAGAUCAUGGUACAGGAAGAAGACCUCAACAGCAACAUAAGAGAGGUGAUAAGAGAGAGGAAUGUAGGGCCUGAAGAUGUACAGCGGGUAUUAAAUAACAACGCGGAUAUUUUCCAUAUCAAGAGCGAUGGGUUUUGCCUUAAGUUAAAACUAUGCACUGGACAUUUGGGUAGCAAAGGGUGCAAGAAUAGACGAGAUUGCAUAGAUAUGCACAUCUGUCAGAAUUUCCUAAAAGGGAUUUGCAGGUAUAGAAGCUGUGGUUUAGGUCACAACUUAACUACAGGACAUAAUUCGAAAGUUCUUCAGAAGUUCUUCCUUAAUAGACUCGGAAGUGAUACUCUGCUAAGAGUGCUUUCCAAAAAUAUUCCAAAGAUUACCAGCAAUUCCCACAAAGGAAGUGCAGAUCAGGGAAUAAGAGACAGCUCUCCAGAUCAGAAGCCCCUCGAGACCAGUGAAUCUGAUGUUACUCCUCCGAGUGGAGACGAUGAUGAGUCUGAUGCCGAUUGCUUAAGUGGAGGCAGAGUUGAGCGGAAGAAGCGUUCUCCAAACGAAAAGAAAACACAUAUCCAGAGUGUAUGGUCCUCAGAUUCUGAUGGAGACGUAGGGAUCCCAGAAAUCUGCUAUGAUUCGGUUGAAGGGAUAUGUACAAGAUUAGAUAUAGAUUGCGAGAGACUUCAUUCGUUUCAGCAUUUUUACUGGCAGAUUAGCAGAGACAAGAGCAAAUGGUUCAACCUACAUCCUCAGCUUGUGUCUUGUUUAGAAAAGUCCUAUUGCGAUGUCUCUAAAGAUGGUGUUACUUUACCUAAGCUGAAAGAAACUGAUCUUCAAUCAGGUCAUACAGGCGCUGUGAAAAUCCUUUCCCGCGAUGAAUGGACAUCAGACUUUCAAUCAAUGACUCUUGUGAAUUCCUCUCACAAAGUUUGUGCCCAUCUCCGCAGGCUGUGCUCACAGAAGACAGCCAGCGUGAAAGCAAAUACUUUCCGUUGGUAUUACAGGGACGAUGACCAGAAGUGGGUUCCCUAUGAUAACAGUGAAGAAAAAGGACAACACAUCACAAAUAUUUCAGAAGAAAUCGAAAAACACUACUUGGCUAAACCUAGCACCCCUUUCAAUGUCAAAAACCAAAGGUUCAACUACGUCCUUGACUUUCAGAGGAUGUUCCAAAUAAAUGCAAUCACCAACAAGAGGCGUGACAUAAGGAGGCGUCCUCUAGAACAUCUAUGCGAUACUUCACAUCGAUCUUUGUCACCAGUAGAUACUCAAAAUCAAUCUUUGUUACCAGUAGAUACUCAAAAUCAGUCUUUGUUACCAAGAGAUUGGGAAGAUAUGCAACCCAAAGAACGCGUGCGCCUUGUGGAUUUAGACCCAAAAUCUAAAGAGUAUAGAAAUGUUAUUAUCCUCUUGGGAAACGACACUUAUAAAGCUAAAGUCCAAAAAAUUCAGCGAAAUCAGAAUCCAUAUUUAUGGAAGGCUUUUCAAAUUAAGAAGGAGGAAAUGAUCUUACAGUAUGGAGAUGAAGCCAGUGUGAAAAUGACAGACCUGUUUCAUGGCACUAAGCCAGACAUCGUGAACACAAUCUGUAAAGAGAACUUUGACUUCCGACUGCAUGGUGAAAGUACAGGGCACAUCUGGGGAAAGGGGUCAUAUUUUGGCAAUGAUAUUACCUUUUGCUACCGUUACUGUAGGCCUGACUCAACAGGAUUGAGAUACUUAUUUGUUGCUAAAGUUCUAGUAGGAGCCAUAGUACUUGGUGAAAAAGAUUUAAGGAGGCCUCCUUUGAACACAGCAACAAACAAUCUCUUUGACACAACUGUAGAUAAUGAGACACACCCAACCAUAUUUGUAAAGUAUGAUAAACAGGAAUACUAUCCAGAAUAUAUUAUAACAAUGGCAUAGAUUACUGCAUCUGUUAAAAUUUGUACAAACAGUAUAAGAUUACGUAGUUAUCCAAACGUCUGACCAAAAUUACAGAAAGGGUAAUACAGAUAAUGAAAUUAUAUCUGUAUACAUAUCUGCAUCUAUCUGUAUGUAUGUGUAUAGAUAUACAUACUGUGUAUUUAUUUAUUUAUAUAUAGGCUGGAACAGUGACAGACCCUCUGUGUGUAUGUGUGUGUGUGUGUGUGUGUGUGUGUGUGUGUG